AUGGCCAUCUACUUCGCCCCGCUUCCCCCACCCCUCCCCGGAUCGUUCUCUCUCCCAAGAAUUCCCCAAUUCGAUCGGCAAGUACAGCCCUCUGGCCUCAGCGGUCUGGUGGUAUGGCGUAUUGAGAAUUUUAAGCCAGUUCCUGUGGCGACAUCUUCACAUGGAAAAUUUUACAUGGGUGAUUCAUAUAUCAUCUUGAAGACAACAGCUUUGAAAAAUGGUUCCUUUCGCCAUGACAUCCAUUAUUGGCUUGGUAAAGACACUAGUCAGGAUGAGGCUGGAACUGCUGCAAUUUUAACUGUGGAGCUUGAUGCUGCGCUUGGAGGACGUGCUGUCCAGUACCGGGAAGUACAAGGCAAUGAAACUGAAAGGUUUCUCUCAUAUUUUAGGCCUUGCAUCAUGCCACAACCAGGAGGGGUAGCUUCUGGGUUCAACCAUGUAGAAGUCAAUGAUCAGGAGCAUGUUACCCGCUUAUAUGUGUGCAGAGGGAAACAUGUUGUCCAUGUUAAAGAGGUUCCUUUUACUCGUUCAUCCCUUAACCAUGAGGACAUAUUUAUUUUGGAUACCAAGUCCAAAAUUUUCCAGUUCAAUGGUUCCAACUCAUGCAUCCAAGAGAGGGCAAAAGCUCUUGAAGUUGCACAGUAUAUCAAAGAUACUUUCCAUGAGGGCAAGUGUGAAGUUGCAGGGGUUGCAUCAACCAAGGAAAAUUGGAACAAAUUAUUUUUGAAUCCUUGGCGCGUGAGUUACUUGAGCCAAACAAAUGCUACUUGCUUGACUCAUGGUGCUGAAAUGUAUGUUUGGAUGGGCAGAAGUACUUCUUUGCAAGAAAGAAAGGGUGCGAGCAAUGCUGCUGAGAAACUACUCAUUGAUGAUAGCCGAGCAAAAUCACAUGUUAUCAAAGUGAUCGAGGGAUUCGAGACAGUCAUGUUCAAGUCAAAAUUUAUUGAGUGGCCACCCACACCUGAUUUGAAGUUAUCAUCUGAGGACGGAAGAGGCAAAGUUGCAGCUCUCCUCAAAAGUCAAGGAUUAGAUGUUAAAGGCUUGAUGAAAGCCGCACCUGUAAAAGAAGAACCCCAGCCUUACAUUGAUUGCACAGGUCAUUUGCAGGUAUGGAGGGUGAAUGGAAAUGGCAAGACUCUUCUUUCAGCUGCUGACCAAUCAAAAUUUUACACUGGGGAUUGUUACAUUUUUCAAUACACAUAUACUGGAGAUGACAAGGAGGAAUGUCUUAUUGGAACUUGGUUCGGGAAGAGAAGUGUUGAGGUGGAGAGGGUGUCAGCGAUGUCACUGGCUAGCAAGAUGGUUCAGGCUGCAAAGUUCCAGGCUGUCCAGGUUCGGCUUUAUGAAGGGAAAGAACCAAUUCAGUUCUUUGUCAUAUUUCAAAGUCUUCAAGUGUUCAAGGGUGGCCUUAGCUCUGGAUACAAGAACUUUGUUGUUGAAAAUGAUAUUGUGGAUGACACUUACUCUGAAGGUGGGAUUGCCCUAUUCCGGAUUCAGGGUUCAGGAUCAGAAAACAUGCAAGCACUUCAAGUAGACACACUGGCUUCCUCCUUAAACUCGUCCUAUUGUUACAUUCUACACAAUGGAAACACCGUGUUCACAUGGACUGGCAACGCUACGACCUCAUUGGAUCAUGACUUGGUUGAGAGGCAGCUAGAUGUAAUUAAGCCAGAUCUGCCUUCCAGGUCACAAAAGGAGGGGAGAGAAACCGACCAAUUCUGGGAACUACUGGGUGGUAAAUCCAAGUAUCCAAACCAAAAAGUUGGAAGAGAAAAUGAAAGUGACCCCCAUCUUUUCUCAUGCAUCAUAUCCAAAGGCAAUAUAAAGAUCAAAGAAAUACACAACUUUACUCAGGAUGAUCUGAUGACAGAGGAUGUUUUCGUUCUUGAUUGUCACUCAGACAUAUUUGUUUGGGUUGGCCAGGAGGUGGAUGCCAAAGUGAAAUCACAAGCUUUGGAUAUUGGAGAGAAAUUUCUUGUUCAUGAUUUCCUUAUGGAGAAACUAUCACGAGAAACACCAAUAUUCACUGUGUCAGAAGGUAGCGAGCCACAUUUUUUUACUAGAUUCUUCAACUGGGACUGCGCAAAAUCUCUUAUGCAUGGCAGUUCAUACCAGAGGAAGUUUGCUGUCCUAAAGGGUGGAGCACCUCCAUCACUGGAAAAACCAAAACGACGAACACCAGCAUUUAUGGGAAGAAGUUCGGGACAAGAUAAAUCUCAGCGUUCAAGAAGCAUGUCCACUAGCCCGGAUCGUCCACGUGUUCGUGGAAGGUCUCCAGCCUUCAAUAUGUUAACUUCUGCCUUUGAGAACACAAACAAAAGCAAUACUAGGAACCUUUCCACCCCUCCCCCCGCUGUGAGAAAGCUUUUCCCAAAAUCUGGAGGCCCUGAACACUCAAGGGUGUCACCCAAAAAAUCAGCUAUCAGUGCCCUCACCAGCUCUUUUGAAGGUCCCUUGAAAAGUACAAUACCAAAAUCGGUAAAAGCGAGCCAUGAGCCAGAGAAGGCGAUACAGGGGGAAGGUGCCGCAAGCAGUGCAAAUGAAAACGAGCAAGAAGAUGAUGAAGGCACGAUCUACCCAUAUGAACGUCUGACAACCACAGCUGAAGAUCCUGCCCCUGACAUCGACUUGACCAAACGAGAGGCCUACUUAUCGUCAGCCGAGUUCAAUGACAAAUUCAACAUGACAAGGGCGGCGUUCUACAAGCUCCCCAAGUGGAAGCAGAACAAAUUGAAGUCUGGUGUCCAUCUUUUUUAG